GUUUAAAUGGAUUUAUUGAAAUUGCCAUGAUGGAUUGGAACUCUGGAAAUGAAAACAGGAAAUAUAUAUAUAUGAAAUCUUUUCAAUAUAUUCCACUCUCCUAUACUGCAGGGUCAACGAUUCAAGAUGUUAUAGGAUAG